AUGACGUUGCCGGAUGUAGCUAAAAUGAAAUGGCCAAUCUGGAUCUCCUAUGGACUUGUGGUAUUAGGGGCAUCUAUAUUGGCAAUCCGCUUUGACAGAAAGAUACCAAGCUCAUCAGACAAGUCAAAACAAAAGAAGUUAUCUUGGAAUAUUUUGUGUUGUUAUUAUCUGGUGGUGAUUAGUGGAUAUAUGUUGGUUCAAUAUAUAACAGAUGAUAGCCCAAAUGCAGAAGGAGACUUGCUUUUGGGGAUACAGGAGUGGCUUGUUUCCAUGUGCAGUAUUUUAUUGCUACCCAAAAUUAUAUUAAACCAUCGUAAUUUGAUGAUAUAUUUUUGGCUUAAUUCUGGAAUAGUAAUAAUAGGUAUGUUCGUGUUAGCACUAUUUGGGGAUUAUGGUGAUGUCAUAUGGAUAUUUGCACGUAUAAGUUGUGGAAUAGCAGUUGCUGGUAUAUUUUUUCAGAUGAAACCUGUUGAAAAGGAAAAGAAAAAUCUAAGUGUAUGGAUAUGUUACCUAAUUGUCGCAACAGGCAUGUUGAUAACGGUACACUUUUUGGAUAUCGGAGAUUAUAAUAGGAUAUUUUUAUGGGCAAGUUUUGGUCUCGCUGCUUUAAUAGUGCUCAUAAGGACGUUGAAGACGAAUGAUGCAUCACUAAAGACCGGUGAUAAACAGAUCAGUACGAGUACACUGGCGCAAUUGACACUGCCAUUGAACCGGGAAGAUGGGAAAGACGAAAUGCGCAGGACUACAACAACAGACGGCAUGAUGAGGCGUCAAUUAACAAUUGACGAGGCUGAACGUACACAACCCUUUUCUUGA